CAAGUUGAGACGACUCAUUCAAAGUACGACUUAGGCAUUUAAAAUUUCGCGGCAAAAAAUAAAAUACUCUCACUCUGGGUAGUCUUAGAGGCCAAGAGGUAACGUAUGUGAGAUGAAGGGAAAACUAGUUUGUCAGUCAGGCCCUACCAACACUUAUGUUGUGAGUACACCAAUAGGAGACAUGGAAAUCAUAAGCUGUCCAAGGGGACUUCAUUCUCUUCAACAAAUGGCACUAAAUGAUUGGAACUUUGCACCAAGCCCAGGAACAACAGUUACUGUGAAAUCGCAAAUGUUCCAAGAUAAUGGCUACACAUACAAACCAGCAGUUCUCUGUGUGGAAUGGCUACAGCGUUACUUUGCUGGAGACAUCUCUAGUUUGACUUCAGCUCCUCCAGCAUGCUUCUCGAUCUACCAGGCAGGGACAUUCACAGAAACUGUCUGGAAAACCCUUCAGAGUAAAGUACCAUUCGGUCAGGUGAUUUCCUAUGGUGCUUUAGCCAUGCUGUGUGGCAAUCCUCGUGCCAGUCGAGCUGUAGGAGCGGCCAUGAAGAAAAAUCAAAUUUCCUUGAUAAUGCCCUGUCACAGAGUAAUCCAGACCGGCGGCAAACUGGGCAACUACCAUGGGGGUCAGAAAAAUAAAAUCAAGGAGUGGUUAUUGCAACAUGAGGGGGCAGAAAUAUGAUUCAUGUAAAACUAUCACUUGUGUUAUCUCGAAAGUGAAGACAGGGUUGUGACACCUAACACUACCUGUAUAUAAUGUUUAUUACAGCUUCAGCUUUUAUAUGUAAGGUGUAUUGGCACUGGCUCCAAAAUCUAAACAACUUGUGUGUGUUGUUAAUAUUCAACUGUGAUGUACCCGAUAAACUGAACCUAGAAUUACUGUAAUUUGAUUUUUGAAUGUAGUAUGAAAAUACAUACCAGUGAUUAUAUAGAUACAAUGUACAAGUAUUACUUCCUCCAUUUUCUCAAAUAUGAAAUAGUUAAAAAUUAAUCAUUCUUUUC